AUGAGAUUUUUUGAUAGAAUGGAUUAUUAUUCAAUGGAUGAUUAUACUUCAAAUAUAACAAUUAGAGGUGGAAAAAAUAGCAAAGAUAUCAAGGAGACACUUUAUAAUAUAAUCAGAACAGGUCAAAGCAAGGAAACUUUAAGGAUAGGAGAGAAGCAUUUAAAUAUGAAAGAUACUUAUGGAAAUUACAAAAAUGAUGAAGCUUAUGUCGCAAAAUCAAAUGCAAUAUAUAGUCAGCAUCCAUAUGAUAUGGCCAAUGAGGUUGAUAAGCUAUUUGUACUUCUUAGGGAUAUAUAUAAUAAUAAUGCUUUCUCAUAA